UGACACAGUAGUUUUUUUUUAGUGCUAUAUAUGUUAUUUCGUGGAGCGUGAGUUACUCUUGUUAUCAUAAAUUGUUUUUUAUCAUUAAUCAUUUGGUAGGUGGAUUCUAUUAAGUGAAUAUUUAAGUAAUAUAAUGGCAGAUACAACUGUGGACGCAACAAGACGAUUAAAUGUCAAAAAACAAACACUUGAUGAUGCAUACGCUGCACCAGCUAAUUUUUUAGAAAUCGACGUGAUCAAUCCGAUCACUCAUGGUGUCGGCAAAAAGAGAUAUACCGAUUACGAAGUUCGUAUGAGGACAAAUUUACCAGUUUUCAAAGUUAAAGAUUCGAGUGUAAGAAGAAGAUACAGCGAUUUUGAAUGGUUAAGAAAUGAAUUAGAAAGAGAUAGUAAGAUUGUAGUACCUCCAUUACCCGGCAAGGCGUGGAAACGUCAGAUGCCUUUUCGUGGAGACGAUGGUAUUUUUGAAGAUGAUUUUAUUGAAGACCGUAGAAAGGGAUUAGAAGUAUUUGUUAACAAGAUUGCAGGACAUCCUUUAGCACAAAAUGAACGAUGUUUACAUAUGUUUUUACAAGAACAAGUUAUAGAUAAAAACUAUGUUCCUGGUAAAAUACGAAAUACGUAGAUAUUUUAUAAAAAUGCCUUUAAAAUUAAUAACUAUUAACGAUUUUUAAAUUGAGAACACAACACAACAGUAUAUAAUAUUAUUAAUGUUAUCUAAGUAUUUUUCUUGUACUUGUACUUGUUUUCUUUUUUCAUACUUUUCUCUUUUUUUUUUUCAAUUACGUAAUUAUCAUUAUAAAUAUUUUAUAUGAUCUUGUAAUAAAUUAUUUAAAUUGUAUAUUUUCACCAACAUCUUCAUCUUCAGGUGCUACUCAUUUUUUAAAAUUUAAAAGGCGUUAAACAUUUACUUUAUUUCAGUCACAAUAAACUUGUGACUUUAAAUAAUUAUAAAUUUUUGCAUAAAGUAUUUGAAAAUUAUAUUUAAAAUAAGUAAUACAUGACGUAUUGUUAAGAUGGUGAAUGAAACCAUGACAAAUUGACUUUUUCUCGAUAAUCAUUGUUUAAAUAAAUAUUAAAUUUCCUGUAUUUUAAUAAAU